CCUUAACCGUGUCAUAUCAUACAAAUCAAAAUUGGAAACUUUAAUUAUUCGCUGUCAUCGGAUUACAGAGAUUCUUAUUUUCCUUCACUUGCAGAGGAUUUCUAUUUCUGAAACCACAAAACCUGACUCGGUCUUGACUCUUGAUCCGAGUCGGAAAGACUGGUUCAGCUAGCUCUAUGCUCCGUCGUCCCCUCUAGGGUUUCUUGCCGUCGCGGAUCUGACAAUAAAUCAUGUCUCGAGUGGAGGAUCUAUGGGAGCGGUUAGUGCGGGCUGCAUUAAGAAGUGUAAGAAUUGGGAUUGAUGCACUUGGUCGCCCUGUUAGUGGAAUUGCUGGGAAUGUUCCAUCUUCUCUUGCAAACAAUAGGGAUAUAGAUGCAAUUUUGAGAGCUGCUGAUGAAAUCCAAGAUGAAGAUCCUAAUAUCUCCAGAAUUUUGUGUGAACAUGCUUACUCACUUUCCCAAAAUCUGGAUCCCAAUAGUGAAGGGCGAGGUGUUCUACAAUUUAAGACUGGUUUAAUGUCUGUUAUCAAGCAAAAGCUAGCUAAAAAGGAAGGUGGAACCAUCGAUAGAAGUCAAGAUAUUGCUCGCUUGGAAGAGUUUUACAGGAUUUAUAGAGAGAAGAACAAUGUGGACAAGCUACGGGAGGAAGAAAUGAAAUUGAGGGAGUCUGGUGUUUUCAGUGGAAAUCUUGGCGAAUUGGAGCGGAAAACAGUGAAGAGGAAAAGAGUUUUUGCUACUCUGAAAGUUUUAGGCACAGUAUUGGAGCAGCUUACCAAGGAAAUUCCUGAUGAGUUGAAGCGCGUGAUUGAAUCAGAUGCUGCUAUGACUGAAGACCUUAUUGCUUAUAACAUCAUUCCUCUGGAUGCUCCUUCAAUAACAAAUGCCAUUGGGUCCUUCCCUGAGGUACAUGCAGCAGUUUCAUCUUUGAAAUACAAUAGGGGACUGCCAAAAUUGCCGUCAGAUUUUCCUAUUCCUGCUUCUAGAGAUGCCGACAUGCUUGAUUUUCUGCAAUAUGUUUUUGGGUUUCAGAAAGACAAUGUCUCUAACCAGCGCGAACACGUGGUCCACCUCCUUGCGAAUGAGCAAUCUCGACUUGGUGUUCCUGGUGAAACAGAGCCUAUAUUGGAUGAGGCUGCUGUACAGAGUGUAUUCCUGAAGUCCCUUGAAAAUUACAUUAAUUGGUGUAGCUACUUGUGCAUUCAACCUGUAUGGAGCAAUUUGGAGGCUGUUAGCAAGGAAAAGAAAUUACUGUUUGUUUCCUUAUAUUUUUUAAUAUGGGGUGAAGCUUCUAACAUCAGGUUUCUUCCGGAGUGCUUGUGCUACAUAUUUCAUCAUAUGGUUAGGGAAAUGGAUGAAAUUUUAAGACAGCAGACUGCUCAACCAGCCAAUAGUUGUGCUUCAGAGAAUGGUGUAUCAUUCCUUAAUAGUGUCAUUGGUCCUCUGUAUGAGGUUGUUGCUGCGGAAGCUGCUAACGGUGAUAAUGGAAGAGCACCUCAUUCUUCUUGGAGAAACUAUGAUGAUUUUAAUGAAUAUUUUUGGUCACUUCAUUGCUUUGAACUGAGUUGGCCCUGGCGCAACAGUUCAUCUUUUUUUCAGAAACCAAAGCGGAGGUUGAAGUAUAUUCUCGAAUCUGGAUCAAGUAAACAUCAAGGGAAAACUUCAUUCGUUGAGCAUCGAACGUUUCUUCAUCUUUAUCAUAGUUUCCACCGUUUAUGGAUAUUUCUUGUUAUGAUGCUGCAGGGACUCAUAAUAAUUGCAUUUAAUGAUGAACUAUUGAACUCCAAGACACUACGUGAAGUUCUUAGUCUUGGCCCAACAUUUUUUGUGAUGAAAUUUUUCGAGAGUAUCUUGGAUGUUAUCAUGAUGUAUGGCGCAUAUUCUACAUCUCAACGCUUUGCUGUUUCUCGAAUUUUUCUACGUUUUAUUUGGUUUGGUGCUACUUCAGCUAUCAUAUCUUUCCUAUAUGUCAAAGGUUUCCAGGAAGAGAGUAAACCAAAUGCAAAUUCUGUUCUCUUCAGACUGUAUGUGAUUGUUAUAGGUGCAUAUGCCGGAGUCCAAUUUUUUAUAAGCGUUCUCAUGAGAAUACCGGCCUGCCACCAUUUGACCAAUCAAUGUGAUCACUGGCCUUUGAUUCGCUUUGUCAAGUGGUUGCACCAGGAACGAUACUAUGUUGGACGUGGCAUGUAUGAGAGAACUACUGACUUCAUCAAGUAUAUGCUGUUUUGGCUAGUUGUUUUGGGUGGAAAGUUUUCAUUCGCGUAUUUUCUCCAGAUUAAACCACUGGUGAAACCAACAAGGACUAUUGUGAAACAGGACUCCAUAAUAUAUUCAUGGCAUGAUUUUGUCUCCCAAAAUAACCAUAACGCUCUAACCGUUGUUAGUUUAUGGGCGCCGGUGAUCGCUAUCUAUCUCUUGGAUAUCUACGUGUUUUACACUCUUAUAUCGGCUGCUUGGGGAUUCUUGCUUGGGGCAAGGGAUCGUCUUGGGGAGAUAAGGUCUUUGGGUGCUGUUCACAAGCGUUUUGAGGAGUUCCCUAAGGCUUUUAUGGAUACUCUUCACAUCCCUCUGUCAAGCAGGAUUCCUCACGGUCAGUCUAGUCCGGUGGUGGAGAAGAACAAGGUGGAUGCUGCUAGAUUUUCUCCCUUUUGGAAUGAAAUAAUAAGAAAUCUAAGGGAAGAAGAUUAUGUCACAAAUUUGGAAAUGGAGUUGCUUCUGAUGCCCAAAAAUUCUGGGAAUCUUCCCUUAGUUCAAUGGCCCCUGGUUCUUCUUGCAAGCAAGAUAUUUUUGGCCAGAGAUAUUGCAGCGGAGAGCAGGGAUUCUCAAGAUGAGCUGUGGGAAAGGAUUUCUAGAGAUGAUUAUAUGAAGUAUGCAGUUGAGGAGUGCUAUCACAGUCUUAAACUUAUUCUCACAGAAAUUUUGGAAGGAGAAGGAAGAAUGUGGGUUGAGAGGGUAUAUCAAGAUAUUCAAGCUAGUAUAGACAAGAGGAGUAUUCAUGUUGACUUUCAGCUGAAUAAGCUACACCUUGUCAUUUCACGAGUUACCGCUCUCAUGGGAAUUCUGAAAGAGUCGGACAAACCAGAAAUGGAAAAAGGUGCUGUAAAGGCAGUUCAAGAUCUCUAUGAUGUUGUGCGGCAUGAUGUGCUUUCUGUUAAUAUGAGUAAAAACUAUGAUGAAUGGAAUUUGUUGUCAAAGGCAAGGAUCGAGGGUCGCCUUUUCAUGAAUUUGAAGUGGCCAAAAGAUGCUGAGUUGAAAGCACAAGCUAAAAGACUGUAUUCCCUAUUAACUAUCAAAGACUCUGCGUCAAAUAUCCCUCACAAUCUUGAGGCCAGGCGUCGGCUGGAAUUUUUUACCAAUUCCCUUUUUAUGAAGAUGCCCAAAACAAAGCCAGUGCGUGAGAUGCUGUCAUUCAGUGUGUUUACUCCAUAUUAUUCAGAGAUUGUUCUUUAUAGCAUGGGUGAACUCCUGAAGAAAAAUGAGGAUGGAAUAUCAACUUUGUUUUACCUGCAGAAAAUAUAUCCAGAUGAGUGGAAGAACUUUCUUGCUCGAAUUGGCCGUGAUGAGAAUGCAUUAGAUACUGAACUUUUUGACAGUCCUAGUGAUAUCCUGGAGCUCCGAUUUUGGGCCUCCUACCGAGGACAGACAUUAGCUAGAACAGUUCGUGGGAUGAUGUACUAUAGAAAAGCUCUCAUGCUACAGACAUAUUUGGAAAGAAUGGCUGUUGGGGACGUCGAAGCUGCAUAUUCCGGUACCGAUGCAACUGAGACUCAAGGUUUUGAGUUGUCUCCUGAAGCACGAGCUCAGGCCGACCUUAAGUUCACAUAUGUGGUUACAUGUCAAAUAUAUGGGAAGCAAAAGGAGGACCAAAAACCUGAAGCAACUGAUAUUGCGUUGCUGAUGCAAAGAAAUGAAGCCUUGCGUGUUGCAUUCAUUGAUGAAGUUGAAACUCUGAAGGAUGGUAUAGUCCACACAGAAUACUACUCAAAGCUCGUGAAGGCGGACAUCAAUGGAAAAGACAAGGAAAUUUACUCUAUAAAAUUGCCUGGAAAUCCAAAACUUGGCGAAGGAAAACCUGAGAAUCAAAACCAUGCAAUUAUAUUUACUCGUGGAAAUGCAGUUCAAACCAUUGACAUGAAUCAGGACAACUAUUUUGAGGAAGCCUUGAAAAUGAGAAAUCUUCUCGAGGAAUUCCAUUGUGAUCAUGGUAUUCGUCCUGCCACCAUCCUUGGUGUCAGGGAACAUGUGUUUACCGGAAGUGUCUCUUCUUUGGCCUCCUUUAUGUCCAAUCAAGAAACAAGCUUUGUAACUCUGGGUCAGCGUGUUCUUGCGAAUCCUUUGAAGGUUCGUAUGCAUUAUGGGCAUCCUGAUGUUUUUGAUAGAGUUUUCCACGUUACACGAGGUGGUAUCAGCAAGGCCUCUCGCAUUAUCAACAUCAGUGAAGACAUUUUUGCAGGAUUUAACUCAACUUUACGCCAAGGGAAUAUAACUCAUCAUGAGUAUAUUCAGGUUGGUAAAGGAAGGGAUGUUGGCCUCAAUCAGAUUGCUGUUUUCGAGGGGAAAGUUGCUGGUGGUAAUGGCGAGCAAGUUCUUAGUCGAGAUGUUUACAGGCUUGGACAGCUAUUUGAUUUCUUUCGCAUGAUGUCAUUCUAUUUUACCACUGUGGGAUACUACUUUUGUACCAUGUUAACGGUGCUAACUGUAUAUAUUUUCCUUUAUGGGAAGACAUAUUUGGCAUUAUCUGGUGUGGGUGAAACUAUGCAAGUGAGAGCUCGCAUAACAGAUAACACAGCACUUAGUGCUGCAUUGAAUACUCAGUUUCUUCUCCAAAUUGGUAUAUUUACUGCUGUGCCAUUGAUUUUUGGUCUCAUCUUGGAACAGGGUUUGCUGAAGGCUGUUGUCAGUUUUAUCACAAUGCAGCUUCAACUUUGUUCUGUCUUCUUCACAUUCUCUUUGGGCACAAAAACUCAUUAUUUCGGUCGAACAAUACUUCAUGGUGGUGCAAAGUAUCGAGCCACUGGUAGAGGAUUUGUGGUCCGCCAUAUUAAAUUUGCUGAGAACUACAGGCUAUACUCCCGUAGUCAUUUUGUAAAAGGAUUUGAAGUGGCAAUAUUGUUGAUAGUGUACCUUGCAUAUGGAUAUAACGAGGGCGGUGCCCUCUCAUAUAUUCUUCUGAGCAUCAGCAGUUGGUUUAUGGCUCUUUCUUGGCUUUUUGCCCCCUAUUUGUUCAAUCCAUCUGGAUUUGAAUGGCAAAAGACAGUGGAGGACUUCAGAGAUUGGACAUACUGGCUUCUUUACCGAGGUGGGAUUGGAGUUAGGGGAGAAGAAAGUUGGGAAGCCUGGUGGGAUGAGGAAUUGGCACAUAUCCGAACCAUGAGAGGGAGGAUAAUGGAGACUAUCUUGAGUCUUAGAUUUUUCAUCUUCCAGUAUGGCAUUGUUUACAAGCUUCAUUUACAAGGAACAGAUACAUCAUUGACGGUUUAUGGCCUGUCAUGGGUUGUGCUAGCAGUGAUUAUUGUUCUUUUCAAGGUGUUCACAUUCAGCCAGAAGAUAUCAGUUAAUUUCCAGCUCCUAUUGCGCUUCAUCCAAGGACUCUCCUUCUUGAUGGCACUGGCUGGUUUAGCCAUUGCAGUUGUAUUUACAAAUUUGACAGUUCCAGACAUUUUUGCGUGUAUCUUGGCAUUUUUGCCUACCGGAUGGGGAAUUCUAUCUAUUGCAUCUGCUUGGAAGCCGUUGAUGAAAAAGUUGGGGUUGUGGAAAUCAAUUCGUUCGAUUGCACGUUUAUAUGAUGCAGGAAUGGGGAUGAUUAUUUUCAUCCCUGUUGCAUUAUUCUCGUGGUUUCCAUUUGUAUCAACAUUCCAAACUCGGCUCAUGUUCAACCAGGCCUUCAGUCGAGGGUUGGAAAUUUCUCUUAUUCUUGCAGGAAACAAUCCCAACACGGGGAUAUGAUGACAAACCAACCUUUGUAGGUAUUGUUGUAAAUAACCGAAUAACAUUCUUCUGUGAGUUUUGGGGCACUUUUGGGAAAGGGGACUUUUUUGGGGUGUAAGAUUUGUCUUGUGGUUUUCAAUUCCACUGUUUUUCUCGGCUGCCCUUUUUGAAGGGAAUUUAGUAACAGUGAAACCAUUCUAAUACAAAGGAGAUCGAUCUAGGCACGGAACAUUUUUCUCAGUCGAUGGAUCUGUCACUCUCUCAUCAUAAACGGGGCCUCCUAUUGUGUGCAUGAAACUUUGUGCAUUUCUUACUACUUCAAGUCAAGUCAUAUUUUGUC